AGAACUUUGAACAUACCGAAGCUACCUAUCAACUUUAAGUAGUAAAAAGUCAACCCAUAUUAAAAGAUUAGACGAUAAUUGGUAUUGUGUACAACAAGUAGUAGACGACUGUACGAUAUUACGAAGUAGUUGUCACAACAACAACACUUUCUGAAAAUGAAUUCCUUCCGUCGGCGCGGAAAGAUUGUUGUCCUGGCCCUGCUUGGGGGCAGUGGUUCUGCCUGGAAUUAUGGGGGCUGGUGCGUGCACGCGAAGAUGCGAGCGGGACCACCACACGGAAACUAUAUGCAAGAAAAAAACUGUGUAAAUGUAAGUCUGUGAUGCAGAAAAUGCAAAAUAGUUACGCUUGUCAUGCUCCACAUGCAUGAUAGGCUCGUUUCCUACGUGUUUUCCCGUCCUAUCUGCGCAUGACAAGUUUUUCCUGUCAUGGCAGACGAACUUGUGAUGCUGUUUUCCCAAAAGACCUACACUAACACAGUUUUUUUCUUGGAUAAACUACCAACCGGAACUACUACAACCGGCGGUGGACGACCACCAGGCUACAACCGACGCCACGUUUCACGACACGGCAGGCACUGUUGCAGCCGGUGGUGCCAGUUCGACCCCGGAGUUGUGUCGCGUAGACCCGGCCGACCCGACCGCUUGCGCGUCCUGUGCAGUAGACCAGGGGGAUCGAUUUUUGAAGGAAGAGCAGCGGAUCACGAUGGAGAUGGACCAGGCUCCUGUUCCUGUUCCUGCGGGGGACGAUAUCCACAGUAAAUUUCCCGUACACGUACAAAGGCAGUCUCUGCAUGACAAAACUUGCCUUCAAUCCUAGUCUAGCAUGACAAGUUGGACACUGCAAGUUAGUGAAAUUUGUCAUGCAUUUUGCACAUGUACGAGAAAUUUGUAUUGCAUAGACGACACUACAACUGCGCAGAUGUUGACUGGACGACCACCUGCGAGCAGCGGGGAAGGGGAACAAGAUCCUGACGACAUGGAGCACGACCACCUGCAGGAUGUGCGAGAAAUCACGGAAGAACGACUGGCACGCGUGCAAGCUGAGGUGAGGGCGCUGCAGGAGCCCUCGAUGGGGCCACAGCACGGCGCCGGGGAUGAGGAUGAAGCGGGACAAGCAGCCAUGGUGGAUGGCGAUGCGGAGGUCGUCGACACCACACCUGCUGCUAGUGACGCGGACCACCGGCCCCCGACCUUGGAAGAAGCGAACAGGCUUUGGGAUCUUAGUCAACAGGCGGUUAGCCAAGCUCUACAACCUGGUGAUGGACCUGCUGGUACUAGCGUUGUUCAACAUCCGGAACGAGAAAACCCCCGGCUGAACGGGACGACAGCCGCCCCCGCCGUCGAUGUCGACGCCGCUGCACUGGAAGAGAUUGUUGGUCGGGCCGUGGCAGAUGCACACGCCGCGUACCAUCGAGCGGCGGAGGUUGUUGCCAGCGGCGAGGGGCAAAACGGUUCAACAGCUGCUGAUCUUCCCAACGAUCCUGAGGACGUCGACCGCAUGGACACCGCCGGGGUAUCUUUCAUGCAAGAAGGUCAUCUGCCCCAGGGGGAGGACCAGCACCAGCCCGACCGCCGUCUGCCCCAGGGUCGUGGGGAGGACCAGGACCAGCCCGAGCGCGAGCGUCAGAUGCAAUGUGGCCAAUUCCGGCCUUGGCUUAGCCUGGGGGGCGAUGAUGAUGAACAAGGGGAUGUUGAAGAAGCACUGCAAGAGCCAGCAACUAGCAUGAACCCCGCCGCCCAGCCCCUCGUAGGGGAGGUUCUUCCGCAGGAUCGACAAGGUGUUCACCAGCCUAUCGCCCCGAGACCGAGUGGUCUUGUGCAAAGAUGUAUGCAUUGCAAAUAUGUCUGGGUCUGGAAGAAUUGGAACUUGUCAUGCUAAAUCUGAAUCAUGCAAAAAAUCUGUAUUGCGUGAUUACCAACAGCCGUCCUUUUUUACCA